UAUGUAUGGAUCAUAAUAUGGCUCUAAAGCACAUGUCUUAUGGGGCAGUAAACAUGUUCAGAACAGAAACAGGGUACACAGACAUAGAAAAGAGACAGCUUUUCUUGAGAAGCUAUCAAUUCAGCAGGAAGAAGAGUGUGAGUGAAAGGAUAAAGAAAUCUUUCUUUAGAGUCAAAAGGGUGAUUUGGGUAAAGCUUAGAUCAGCAAGAAAAAUCAGGAAAUUGGUUUGGUUGAGACUCAAAUAUGGUAUCUUUGGGUAUAGAAGAAGAAGGUUUUUUCGUCGAAUUCAAAAUUCAAGUUACUAUAAUACUAGUAGUGGUAUUACUACUGGAUGGUCAUCCUCUUGUUUCUGGUAGGAUUAUGAACUUCUGUUAAUUAAGUUAUUUUAUUUUUUAGUAUUUUUUUUUUUUUUUGGUUUAUUUAGGAUUUAAUUAUGUAAUGGGUUGUGUUUUAACUCUACCAUGAACAUUAGAACAUGCCCAAAUCUUGAAGUUCUAUCUCUAGUUACUUUUAACGUAUGUAUACAUAAUUUUUAGUCUAGUCAAAAGUAUAUUGUUAACAA